AAAUAUUCUCGUUUAAAUACUCUGAGAAAGUCAGUAAAGAUGAGCAUAGUCAUUUACCGUCCAACAGCUAUAGAGUGAAGUUCAUAAAAAUAAAUUAGAGAUGAUUUUAAGGUGUUUAUUCAUUUUAUUAAUAGCAACAAUUACAAUUACUCAAGCGGAAUUAGCGUCUAUUAAUUGUGAAUUUAUUAAAGAAACCGAACGGGGUCUACAAUGUGGAUUUAAAGACGUCCUUACAUUCCAAACAACUCAAAUAAAUGUUGUAGACAGAAAUUCAUCAGUUGAAGCUGUUACAUUUCAUCAAUCUGAACUUUAUUCUGUCCCAGCAGAUAUAUUUCAAAAAUUUCCUCAAUUAAGGCAUCUCGAUGUCGAACAGACAGAUUUGAAGGUCAUUAAAUCUGAUAACUUCUAUAAUGCAAAUCAAUUGAAAUAUUUUUUGGCGCGAUUUAAUGAAAUUUCAAGGAUAGAAAGUGAAACUUUUUCAUCAUCUCCGCAGUUGAAAUACAUUGUUCUACAGCAAAAUCGAAUUAGUGAUAUACAUCCACGUGCAUUCUAUGGACUCAAUCAUUUAGAAAUACUUUAUCUUGAUUAUAAUCGAGUAACUGCUCUUCCAUCUAAUCUACUCGACUAUCUGCCAAAUCUGUUGCACUUCUCAAUGACCUAUAAUAAUCUUUCAAGCAUUCCAGAUAAUUUAUUCAUAAAGAACGAGAAACUUGAAACUUUAAACUUGGGACACAACCUGUUGACAUCAUUUGAUGAUGAACAAUUCAGAAGACUACCGAAUUUGGAGCGUGUCCAACUUGAUUUCAAUAAUUUAUCGCAAUUAGAUUUGUCUGCAUGCAAAUCAGUUGAAGUUAAUAUUGACAAUAAUAAUUUGUCGGAAAUUCAAUUGAAUAAGUGGACGAAAACAGUAUCGGCAUGGGAGAAUCCUGUUAAAAAACUAGUUCUACAUGAACAUUAUGGAACUGGACGUACAUACAACUUUACAUUUAAUGACGUUUCAGAAAUUGUCUUUUUUGUUCAUGAACAUUGUUGCUCGGUGGAAAAUCUGGAAAACUUUUACAUUUUGACUUUGUCAUUUGGGGAUUUGAGUGAGAAAAAGCUUAAUGCAAAGAAUUGGAAAUGCAAAUUUAGGAAAAACAUUGGAUAUGAAACGGACAAAGGAUAUAUUACGAAUAAUGUUUGUGUAAAAGAUGAAGAUCAAAUAUUAAGUCUGAAGUCUAGAACAAAUGUUUUGGAAGAAUCAACCUUUGAGUCGAUUAUUGUGGAAUCUUCAACAAAAACUAUUUCUGAAUCACAAACAAAACCUUCAACGACUGAACAAUACAAAAUAACUUCAACAUCCAGUAUGGAACUAACCAUUAGCCCCGAAACCACAGAACAAUCAAUACAAUAUGUAUCUCAUGAAACAAGUUCAACAACACAAGAACCAGCUUUAGAUACAGAUGAAAUGCUAGCAAACAUUGAGGAAUUUACAACAACAGAGUCUUCAGAGACAGCAACUGAAAAAGGAGUUUGGAAAUCAUUGAAGAAAAAAGUUGGUGGAUUGAAAACAAGUGUUGUAAGCAAAUGGAAUACAUGGGUUGGAUAGACAAUUGCACUUACAAACGCCUGAUUUUUCCAUUCCUUUUUGUUCAUAUUCAUAAUAGUUUAUAGAUCUUUGAUUGUUGUCUGGGAAAUUUUCCUCGAGCAGUGUUGUGAAACUAAAACUUAAUUCAAGAUGAGCUUUAUGGAUUUCUAAAAAGAUUGUAUCUGACGUAGAAACUGCCUUUGUCAUUGCUUUAUUGAUUAAACCAAUGACGAGGAGCGGUUUCGCACUAUUAGAACAAAAUAUGCUAGACAGAUUUUGUCUGCAUAAAUCAAACUGACAAAUAUCAACCCUGCCUAAAAACAAAUACAUAGAUCUUCCACUGAACAAUUUAUUUCCGCUCAAAAUAUAAAUCAAGCAUGAUCCUUCACAAAAUAUUUUCAUUUUCUGACGAAUAAGCUUAGAAUAAAUAAAUAUACAGUACAAAACAAAGCUCUGAGUUAUUUUCUAAAUUCCUUCCAUAAAAACAACACUCAUCUAUUCACUUGAAUAUGUUAUGUCAUGUUGUGCUUCACAUGAUUAUAAUCAGAAUAUUUAUGGCAAAAUUACCUGCUAUAAUCAUCCUGUUGCUCAAAGCUCUCCUCAUCAAAUUGAGUAUCAUUCUCAACAGCCAUUUGGAUUGCGUUCCUCAAAAAAUCAAUAUCAUCAUUUAUUUGCUGUCCGAGGGUUGAUUCUGUAAGAAUUCUGUGGAUGAAAAAUAAACAGAAAAAUCUUCUUUGAUUUGCUUGCUUAUUGACAAAAAAAUAAAGUUGGAAGUAAG